CUGCAGGAUACUGCAUCAUGUGAUUGGUUGUCGUCAUCAUGCCGUACAGCGUCAAAACAGGUUGGGAUGACAACUCCCCUCAUCACCAUCAUGUCUACUCUCUACCUCACCUCUGUCAGAUUAGAUGCGACCGGAUAGUUCCUUUCUUUCCCUGAACCAUAAGCUUCCUCAUUGGAAGGAAUUGGACCAUGCCGCAAGGAGAAACAGAACCCCUCCUCCCUCGCUACGACGAAAAUGCCUCGCAACAUCGCAAACUGCAGAACAAGCUGCGUACCUAUCAGAUGGUCCGCGCCCUUUCUCAAGGGUACAUGCCAUCCAACGAUCAAAUCAUCGUGAAUCUUCGUCGACUGCUAGCGUCUGAUCUGCUCAACUCAAGACACGGGGAUAUCGGACCCGUCUGUCGUCAGCUAAUCCGGGAUUCCCGUCUUUGGAUUCAGGUGUUGAUCGAUUUCUUACGUGAGAAGAACAGCGAUGAUCAAUUGCAGGAGUUUCUCUGGCAUAUGUCGCGUUCUAGGGCCUCAAUUGAUGUCGAUCGCAUCUCUGAGAGGGCGUCCAGUGCCAGAGCUCGAGCCGAUCCUAGUGCUGCAUACGAGAGUCUCCGCACCGUAGGAGGCCUCUUUUUAGUGAAUGCCGACUUCCGUCUCUUCCUCCAAGAUGUCACCACCGUCGGUCGCCAGAUUUUCUCCGAUACAGCACUGUCCGUUUCCGAAACGUCCCGCCAGGUUGGAGAGGAGUUGAAGCCAUCAGAGGCGAGAGCCAAUGCUGUCAAGGGUGCGGGUAAGGACGAGGGUCACAAACCCUCUUCGGAGGACCUUCGUCAAGAAGCAUCCGAAGUGGCAGAUAUCGCUGGCGAGGGAAUGAAUCGUACUGGUAAACAGGCGGUUGACAAGUCGAAGGAGCAUUUGACGCCACAGACGAAAGAGACUCUAAUCUACCGGUUGAAACAAGCUGUUUCAGAUCUUCGUCAGCAGUCAGACUAUUCGGAUUCGAUUUCUCAAUUGACUCAAUUGGUGCAACGGUAUGCCAAGUCUUAUGCUACCGCAGCGGAGGAGGCCUCAACAGCAGCAGAGGAAGAUGUUGGUGCAAAUGCAGACCUGAAGCAGGGGAUGCAGCAAUUCUGGGCCCUGGCACAGUCCAUUGGCCAUCUGGAAGAAUGGAAACUUCUGGAGCAAAAGUUCCAUGCAGUUGUGAAGCAUGCCAACAAAGAUCCAGAGUUUGAGAAUUUGGUGACAAACUUUGGUCACACACUGCAGGAAAUGCUCACUGAUCCUGACUUCUUCGACACUGUUAACGAGAAGACGGAUAAACUGAAGAAGAAGGCCAAGGACAUCACUUCGAAUACCAAUCUGGGCGAAGAUAUGGUCGCGUUCCUAAUCCAAGUCGACCGAACGAUCCAGUCUGUAUCUGAAGAUCCUAUGGUAUCCAAAUUGAGCGAAACGACUACGAAAAUCUACAAAGAUGCCGUUGGUGGGUUAAGCGACAAAAAGAACGAGCUGCCGACGGACAUUGCCCAAGUGUUCUUCCCAAUCUUGCUACGAUAUGUCCAGUACAUUCCCAUUCUGCGCUUGGAGAUGGCCGCGCCUGAAUUAGACCUCCUUGUGGAAAAUCUGAUCUUGGAACCUGGGCGGACAGUCAAUUACUCGUCUUUCCUUCCAUAUCGUGCACAUAUCACAACUCGCAACGAUAUCGAUAUUGUCAAGAAGCACGCCAAGCGCACGGCUACGGACCUUAAGACUACGUUCACCGCGACGGUCCUAGGCCUUAAUAUCAGCUCUUCAGAGUUUGGCUACUGGCUCCGCACCCACGCAGGCCUAUUCCGUCUCAAAGAUGAAGGUGUCGCCAGCUUCUACCUCGACAGACGCGGACUCGACAUCUCCUUGGAUGUGGAAGUCGGACGAGACCGCUUGGAGCACAUCUUCACUCUCCGCGGCGUCCGUGUCGUUAUCCACAAGCUAGACUACAAAAUUCACCGCAGCAAAUGGAGGUUCCUCUUGUGGCUGACCAAGCCGUUCCUCAAACACUUGGUGCGCCGGGUUCUGGAGAAGAAAAUUGCGGAGCAGAUUGUCACCGCCGCAAAUGUCCUGAACCGGGAGCUCAUCUUUGCGCGUGAACGCUUGCGAGCUGCCCGUAUUGCUAACCCGAAAGAUCUGGCAAGCUUUAUUCGGGCCGUGCUUACACGAAUGAAGCCCCCAUCGGAUGGCGACGUGGAAGCGGGUAUUGGAGUGGAUGUCGUUGGAAAUGGAAUUUUCCGAGAUGUCUACACACCUGGUAGCAUCAUCAAGAAAUGGCAGGAUGAAAACAGACAUGCGCAGGAGCUUAUUGAAGAGGGAGAUGAGACUCAUGGAUUGGGGAAAACCUGGCGGAAUGAUAUUUUUGACGCGAGAGGCAGUCCACUGUAAUUCUUUAGUUAUGUUUAUGACGCGACGGAUUUAGUGUGUAUGAAUAUUUAAUGCGUUUUCUAUCG